AUGGCUGACGUUCAGAUUCCGCCUUCCGAGGAAGGAGAGGAGCUGCCAGAGGAUGAUUCUGUUGGCAUUGCUCUGGGUCCCGCCCCAGAGCUAGCAGUGGAGCAAGGAGAAGGUUCUGCAAACUAUUGCUACCUGAUCCUUUUCAAUCUCAACAAGCGCAACAACUUGGGAGCUUGCCUGCGUUCGGCUGCGGCUUUUGGGGUGCGCUUGGUUAUGUUGGUUGGCCGCCAAGGAUUCAAGGCUUUCUGCAAAAAGAGCGGCCAGGGGGCAGUGCCGAUCGAGCAUGCCCCGACACUCCCGCAAGGCAUCGAGGCGCUGAAGGCCCGGCACCCCUCAGGCCGCCUUGCAGUCUGCGGCGUAGAGAUCUUAGAGCAGGCGAAAUCGCUGCACGAGUGCCCCUUCCGAGGGCCAACGGCCUUCAUGAUGGGCAACGAGCGUGGAGGACUUACCCGCGACCAAAUUGCUCACUGCGACAGCUUUGUCUACAUCCCCCAGUUUGGCGGUGGUGUUGGCUCCCUGAACGUUGCUUGCGCCUGCAGUGUAGUCCUGUACCAAUACAGUGCCUGGGCCGCUCAGCGAGAGGGCUUGGGCUUCCCGGAGGAUGAUCGCCCUGCCAUGUCGGCGCCGCACGGUGCUGGCAGCUUUGCCCUGCGAGGCUCACGGCCAAUGCCGCCAGUGCUGGCAGGUUUCCCCGCCUCAGCAAGCGGCCAGCCGGAUGAAGCAAUGGCUGGCCCAGAGUGGAAACGAAGCCGAAGCGAG